AGAUGUACGUGCUGCCAUUUAAGUCCGAAGAAGAUUCGACGAUUAUACAGUAUGCUAGAAUAUUGUCGUUUAUAAAUCCUGUCAGUAAUUUCACGGCCCUGCAACGCGACUGUAUUUUGGACGUAACCACUUGUAAUAAGACGAGGAGCCACAUUUUGUGCCUCAUUUAUGUGGACUAGCCUAUGGCUGUAGCUAAUGCUAGCUACCAAACAUCAACAGGAAGUAGUAGCCGAGCUAAAAGUCCAAUGUCGUGCUCUUUAGACUCUCCAGACAUGAAUUGUACUUUGGAGAAAGUCCUGACUGAUGCCAAAUCGUUGGUCGAAAGGCUCCGCAACCAUGACAAGGCAGCAGAGAUGUUAAUCGAGCAGACGACAUUUCUCAAUAAGCGGGUGGAUGCCAUGAAGCAGUAUCAAGUGGAGAUUGACACACUAAACCAGGUUGCACGUCAUCGGCCUCGAUCCAGUCUGAUCCUGGGCAUCCAACAGGAAAAUCGUCAAAUUAGAGCUCUCCAGAUGGAAAACAAAGGUUUUCGUGAGGAAAAAAAAGGAAGCCAUUAUGGUAAUAAGUUGACUAAUCCUGUAGUCACUGUUUGUGCAGAGCUACGGACGUCAUUGGAGGAACACCAGUCUGCCCUGGGGCUCAUCAUGAACAAAUACAAGGAGCAGAUGUUUCGGCUGCUUAUGGCCAGGAAGAGGGACGACCCCACCAUUGUGACCCAGCUGAAGGAGCAGCACACAACGGAACUCCAAGCACACGUCGACAAGAUCAACGAGAUGGCCUCAGUCAUGAGGAAAGCGAUAGAGGUGGAUGAGGGGCGGAUAUGUGAAGAUGAGGAGAGGAUCAAACGGCUCGAGCUGGAGAACAAAGGACUGAGAGAGCUGCUCGGAAUCAGUCGCGAAGCAUUCCUGAUCCUGAAGAGAGAGGAUGCAUCAGAGAGCACGUCGCUCUCGCCGCCAUUGACCAACAGUGAACCCAGUUUACAAAAGAGUUAGAGUCGAGACUGGACUGACCAUCCAUGCUUGCACUACAAUGUGUUGUGGAUACACCAGUUUUCCUCCAUGGACCCACCCCACCCUUAACUGGCAGUGCAUCUACUGUAUGACCCUCCUCAAGAACUGCAUUUGAACAAUCACUUUUGUCCUUUUUUUUGGUACUUGUUUUAGGUUUAACAGUGUGGCGAGCAAAUCCUGCGGCACUUCCAAUAACUUGAAAGUGUGAGUGAGUUCAAGGAAAAUGUGAGCUAGAAUAAAUACAUGACUAUCCAAUA